AUGCAGCGGGAUUUAGUGAGUUUGCCGCUGUCCCCGGCUGUGCGAGUGAAGCUGGCGUCUGCAGGUUUCCAGACUGCUGAGGAACUCCUAGAGGUGAAACCCUCCGAGCUCAGCAAAGAAGUUGGGAUAUCUAAAGAGGAAGCCUUAGAAACUCUGCAAAUUAUAAGAAGAGAAUGUCUUACAAAUAAAACAAGUUAUUCUGUUACAGCUGAGUCAGGCAGGAAGUGUACAGCACUGGAACUUCUUGAACAGGAGCAUACCCAGAACUUCAUAAUUACCUUCUGUUCAGCACUGGAUAAUAUUCUUGGGGGUGGAAUACCCUUAACCAAAACAACAGAAAUUUGUGGUGCACCAGGUGUUGGAAAAACACAACUAUGUAUGCAGCUGGCAGUAGAUGUGCAGAUACCAGAAUGUUUUGGAGGAGUGGAAGGUGAAGCAGUUUUUAUUGAUACAGAGGGGAGUUUUAUGGUUGAUAGAGUGGUAGACCUUGCUACUGCCUGCAUUCAGCACCUGCAGCUUAUAGCAGGAACACAUAUGGGAGAAGAGCACCCAAAGGCUUUGCAGGAUUUCACUCUUGAAAAUAUUCUUUCCCACAUUUAUUAUUUUCGUUGUCGUGACUACACAGAACUACUGGCACAAGUUUAUCUGCUUUCAGACUUCCUUUCAGAACACUCAAAGGUUCGAUUAGUGAUAGUGGAUGGUAUCGCUUUUCCUUUUCGUCAUGACCUAGAUGACCUGUCCCUUCGUACUCGAUUAUUAAAUGGCCUAGCCCAGCAGAUGAUCAGCCUUGCAAACAACCACAGAUUAGCUGUAAUUUUAACCAAUCAGAUGACAACAAAGUUUGAUAGAAAUCAGGCCUUGCUGGUUCCUGCACUGGGGGAAAGUUGGGGACAUGCUGCUACAAUACGGCUUAUCUUUCACUGGGACCAAAAGCAAAGGUUGGCGACAUUGUACAAAUCACCAAGCCAGAAGGAAUCUACAGUACCGUUUCAGAUCACACCUCAGGGAUUUAGAGAUGCUGUUGUUGCUUCUGCAUAUUCAUUGCAAACAGAAGGUUCAUUGAAUUCCCGGAAGCGAUGGCGGGACUCAGAGGAAGAACAGGAAUCCAAAGACUAG